AUGCCAUUUGUGCCGCUAUCCUAUAUCGUGUGCCGCUAUCCAUUGCUUUCUCGGUGGAUUGGUACUUGCCUUUCAAUGAGUUCGUUAAACGCUGUCACAUCUCCAUUCCUAUCAGACUCAUAUUUAUUAGCACGGAGACAUUUUCAGCUGAGUCGAGCAAAACUGAAGGCAACAAGUCGAGUGUCAGCAUUAUUGGCGGGAUUCGCUAUGGUCGCUGUUAUCGAAUUAGAGGUUGUUGUUGGUGUAGAAAGACCACCUGAAGCAUUACUGGUUGCUUUCACAACUCUUGCAUGCCUUCUUGUGGUUGUGCAUAUAAUGGCUGUGAUGAUAAGUACUUGUAUUCUGCCACACAUUGAUUCGUACACGGUUCCUAGAGAUGGUUCUAUGACUGAAGAAGCACCACACAAUCGAUUACGAACAUUUGUUGAAGUUGCAUGGAUAUUCAGUACUGUUGUUGGGAUUAUUUUGUUUUUAGCUGUAGUAAUUCUAGCAUGUUGGGUUAAAUUUUGGUUUGUUAGUCGUCUGUCUGCUAUAGCUGGAACAACUGUUGUUUUACCUGCUGUACUCCUUUUCAUGAUCUUCGCUGUUUUAUUUUAUCGAAGCCUUAUUAACUACAAAGUUGAACGAGCCACAGAAAUGAUACGUAACAUUGAUAUGCGUAUGUCUUGUCUCGAAAGUGGUGUUGGGAAAUCCCAUAACGGUGGUCGCUCGAGGACCAUACAUCUUUAA